CGGCGGAGCUUUGGCGUGACGGCAUGGCCGCGGAGCUCGGCUGCGGGGCAGAGCCGGAUCAGAAGCUAGGCAUUGCAUUGGAGCAGGAUGAAGCAGAUGAGAUUUUGAGUAGUGCUGCAGAGAAAAGCGUCGCCGGAGGUGAUGGCAUAUCCAGAUCCAGGAUGAUGGACCAAAGCUUGAUAACAAAAAGCGUAGAGUAUGAAAAGUGCUUGGAAGAAAUGAGGGAGCAGCUGCAGAUUUAUCAGGUGCAGAUGAGUGAGAUGAGACAGAAGUUUGAACAGGUCGCCACGGAGAACAGGAGGCUGCAUGCAGAGUUGAAAGAGGCUCUUGAGAUGCAGCUGGAUGCUCUUCCUUUUAUGCCCCUGGGAACUGCUAUUCCUGCAGAUGAAGAAAUAGUGAGAAACCUUCAGGAACAGCUCCAACUGACUAAUCAGGAAAAAGAACAAGCAAUAGAGCUCUGGCAGACUGUAUCACAGGAGCUUGAUCAACUCCAGCAGCAGCACCAGGAACACAUGACUCAAACACAGAUUCACAUGGCUGAAAGACUGAAACAGCAAGAUCGACUGGCUAACUUUCACCAGCUUACUUCACACCUGCAUGCAGCCAGUGAGAAAACAGAAUUG